ACUUGAAAAUGAUAAACAAAACCGUGAGCACUGUGGGCGUUGCCACACAUUGUUUAACUGAUAAUUCAUUGAUUAAUACUGUGAUAACGUGAUAAAGUUACUCAUCCCCCAUUAUUGCACUGCUUUUUAAGAUUAUAUAUUUGUUUCUAUACAAAUGGGUUAUAUGUCAUUUUGUUUGAAAGUUAUUGUCACUGAAUUUUAAACUUUCGUGAUUUAACUUUUUUAAAUUUAUUACGAAUACUGUCGUGAAAUGUGAUUUACCUUAAUAAUUAAUACUUAAAAUAAUAACUUUGAGUCACCAGAAAUAUACUUAAUAAAUAUUUCACUCAAAAGCGUACCAAUAUGAAAUUAUAUUUAAACAUUCUAUAAAGUGAAUAAAAAUGUUUACAAGGGUGUUUAUUACUAUUGUAUUCUGUGUGAAUGUUAAUUCUCAAUCGAAUAAAGAUUUGUACAAUGGUCAGUUCAAUAAUGAAUAUUAUGGAGCACAAAACAAACAGAGAUCGAGGCUUCCGAGCCCAGGGGACACGGACUAUAGAACGUAUGUGUACAACAGCAGACGAUACGGAACAGAUCCUUCAAGAUACAAUCCAUACAAUCCCAAUAUAAAUCAGCCAGGAGGCUUCCCAUACAAUCCCAUUGACACUAACCCAUUGGACGAACAAUUUAAAUAUAAUACUAACAGAGACCCAAACAAUCCGGACGCGCUAUUCCCUGGUGUGCUCGGAGGCUGGAGGGAAGAUCUACAAGGAAAAGAAAGAAGAGAUUCCCGACAGCUUAAGAGAGAUAUAUUUGUGAACACUAACUACGGGCAAGUGCAAGGAUUUAAGGUAUAUCUAUAUGACAAUCCCGACCCUAACUCUGGCUACCGACCGUGGCUGACUCCGGUUGAGAGGAUUCAAGGAGAAGUUUCAGUGUUCCUCGGUAUACCUUAUGCCAGACCGCCCGUCUUGGAGGGCAGGUUCAAGCCUCCCCGUCAACACCCCGGCUGGCAGUUGUUGCAGGCGGUGGACUGGGGUCCCGCAUGCCCCCAACCUGUGCGAUACACCGGCGCCACUAAGGGCAUCAGAGAUAUGGACGAGGACUGCCUCUAUCUCAACAUAUUCUCGCCUAACACGGAGGCGGGUGCUACAGCUCAGAGGUACCCCGUGAUGGUGUACAUCCACGGUGGACAGUUUUCGUCGGGGGCGUCGAAUCUCUUCCCCGCACACGUGCUAGCAGCUUUCUACAACGUGGUCGUGGUCUCUAUAAACUAUAGACUUGGGGCCCUCGGUUUUCUUUCGACCGCUGAUGAAAACUCUCCCGGGAACUACGGCAUCUUGGACCAGGUGAUGGCGCUGCGGUGGGUUCGUGAUAACAUCGGCCCCUUCAACGGAGACGCCUCCUCGAUAACGCUGUUCGGACCGGGCGCUGGCGCCGCUUCCGCCGGACUACUGGCGGUCGCGCCACAGACGAGAGAUAUAGUCAGCCGCGUGAUAGCACAGAGCGGAUCAGCGUUAGCAGAUUGGGCACAAAUACAAGAUAAAUUCCGCGUCCAGAACACGUCUCUGGUGUUCGGAAGGCUGUUGGGUUGUCCCAUAGACUCCUCGUGGAAGCUGGUCAACUGUCUGAAACAGGGCAGGAGCUUCUACGAACUUGGGAACGCUGAAUUUCAACCGCAAGUGGGGUUCAUCCCCUGGGGUCCCGUGUUGGAGGACAACUUCACGUUUCCUGGCGACGAGUGGUACGAGGGUUGGCGCGCUCGGGACUGGCGGUUCCUCGACAGUACGCCGGAAACGUUGCUGAAACAGCGUCGGUACAGCCCUAACUUCCGCUACAUGACCGGAGUCACUACACAGGAAGCGGCUUAUGUGCUAUAUAAGAACGAGUCUCUGGCUCCGUCGUACACGAUCGACGAGCGCUGGUUCAUCCAGAAGGUGAACGAGCUGGUCCUCCGCUACAACUACACCCUCAACCCUCGCGGCGUGUUCGAGGCGGUCCGCUACAUGUACACCUACCACCCGGAGCCCCACAACGCCAGCGCCAUACGAGAUCAAUACAUACAUCUGCUGUCCGACUUCCUGUAUCGAGCGCCGACCGACAAAAUGGUGAAGUUGCUGCUGGAGAAUAAGGUGCCAGUGUACAUGUACGUCCUCAACACGACCGUGGAGGCGUUCAGCUGGCCGGAGUGGAGGCGCUACUCGCACGACACUGAACACUUCUUCCUGACCGGCGCCCCCUUCAUGGACCAGGAGUUUUUCCCUUGGAGCCAAAGACUCGAUCGACAAGCCUGGACGCCUAAUGAUAGGAAUAUGAGCCACUUCUUCAUGAAAGCCUUCUCAGAUUUCGCCAGAUAUGGUAACCCGACGCGGUCUCGCAUCCUGGGCCUGCAUUUCGAGGUGGCCGAGGCGGGUCAGCUCCGCUACCUCAACUUGAACACUACAUACAACUCGUCCAUACAACUCAACUAUCGACAGACAGAGCUGGCUUUCUGGACUGUGUACCUGCCCACGGUCAUAGGAAGACUAGUGCCUACAUACCCACCCAUCACGGAGUACUGGUGGGAGCCCAAGCAGCCUCUCCAGAUCGCGUUCUGGUCGGUGUCGAGCGCCUGCCUCGUGCUCAUAGUACUACUGGUCGUGUGUUGUAUGCUGUGGAGGAACUCUAAGAGAGAGUCGGAUCGCUUCUACGAUGGCGACAUAUUCAUGGUGCCGGAAGUGGAGGAGAGCGGCAUCGACAACAACACGAGGUCCAGAGACAAUAUUUACGAGUACCGUGACACGCCACUCAAGUCGCCCGCCACGCCACAAACCUUUACGAGGACGAUAAGUCAUCCGGCAACUCUGCAGUCCUCGGCGACGUCGGAGGUCUCGUCUUCUUGUCUGUCGUUGAAGGAGCCGCCUAAGGUGGCGCCGCGACCCGCCUCACGCACACAAAUGGUGCGGGGAGUGCCUCAAACUACUGUAUAACACUACUGUACAGACACUACUUGCACUACUCGUCGUUGAUUCUCUCGUAAUACAACACAUUCAUUAAUCUUAAAGUACGAUUAAUAAGUACAUCUUUAGAAAAGUAAUUGAUUGAUUGAAAAUUAAUUAAUUGAUUGGCAUUUUGAUCUUCUAUUUCAUAUCCGUAGUAAAUAUAUAGAUCCGGUGUCUAACUGUCACAUAUGUACCCAUUGUACAUGAUUAAGUCAUUAGCAUUUAUAAAGACAACUUCACUUGUCUAUUGCUUAAAGGUAUAGGCUCAGACAUGUUAUACGGACAUCCCCACACUGACUGACCUGGUUCAUACGAAAGGCAACAAAUAGCCACACGCCUUGACAUGACUCCGACGUUACUAAAACUAUAGAAAAAUACCCGCUCAAUGACAGAAGCAAAUCACUCUCUAUAGAAAUGUGGCUUCGAAAGCGUGUCUUAUAUUUAAAUUAUGAUAUCUAACAUUCUAAAGGCUUUGAUUGGAAAUUAUUAUAAAACUGUAUCUAUACGUACAAGCCUUGCAUUUAUAUUUAAAAUAUCGCUAUUUUAGGUAAUUUAUUUGUAAGAAUGAAAUAAUAAAAUGCAGUUUACUUAAAAAAUUAAAUACAAUUUUUUUCUCUAUCGAUAGUUUUCUCUACAGCUGUGUGUGAAGGAAAUGGAUUUAAUGUAAUUCUGUGGGACUAAUUGUUAAUUGUUUUUCUUCGAAAAUCAAUAUCCUGUGCUGUAUGACGUGACCGCCGUUAACUUUUUUUUUAUUAUUAACCUAGCUUCCUCCUGUUCACAUGUCUGCGUGUAUUUUUCGUGAAUUCUUAUUUUAUUCCGCAUAUUCAAGUCGGUCUUACGUCGACAGUAAAAAGUAUUUUGGUCGAUUUUUUUUUUAUUUGUAUAGAUUGUGAAUUUUUACUUGUUUUUAAAACAUUUUUUUAUAUUUAAUUUUUUCCGUACGCCCCUUUUAGGGUUGUAGACGUAGUUAGUAUGAUAUAUUAAUAUUAUAAAUAAGCUUAGGCUAAAUUAAGUAAAUGUAUGUGAUUGUCGUCCGUCCACAGAGCCACGGGUACACUAUUGUGGAACAAUGUGUUCUCUAAGUAACAAAUUAUGACACUGCCAGUGUAAUAGAUGAAAUAAAGAAAAUAUUUACAAAACAAAAAAAA